AUGCUCGAGGCGGUGCUCACGCGUAUCAUCCUUCGGUAUGCGCAGCGUUAUAUCUGCGACACCCUGAGGACCGACUCUUUGUCGCUGUGGGGCGGCGACCUCCGUGUCGCAAACUUCGAGCUCCGAACCGAGGAGCUGGCUCGAGUGUUGGGCACCGAGGAAAGCAGCAUCCAGCUGACACGAGGCUUCGUGCGGGAGCUUCGUGUGGUGGUCCCGUGGAAUGCAAUCCGCUCCCAAUCCUUGCGGGUGGAGGUAGAUGCCGUGGAAAUCAUCUUCGGUAGCUGCAGCGGAGGGCAGCCGACUGCUCCGCCGGCGGCAUCGCCGGUGGCACCUGCCAAGGAGAGCUCUCAAGAUGCAUUGGACGAGUCGCAGGAGACGUGGCUCCAGCCGCUCUUGCGAAACAUUUUUGGCAACGUCACGGUAUCCAUUGAUAACCUCGUCGCCAAGCUGGAGCGCAAUGGUGCAGUGGCGUGUGUGACCGUCGAACGACUGGACUCCCGCCCGCACUCGGCCACGUGGGAGGCCGGCUUCACCCCGCUUCCGAGCCUCCAGCCGACGCUCUUCCGAGUGGUGUCUGCGCGCGACGUGACUGUCACGCUGGAUCACCUCCAACAGGCUCCCUUGCCACCGACAGGGCGAGUCGGCUUCUACCUUAGUCCGGUCCGUGCGCGGCUGGCCGGGGACCAGGUUCAGAUCUUGGCACAGCUGCUGAGCCCCGAGGUGCCCGUGAGGCCCGGCUCCGGGGGAUGGUCCGAGGGUGAGGCAGACUCCGAGUCUGAUCGUUUUUCGCUCCUCUCCGGCCGCGAGACCGUGCAAAGUCACCCCAGCGUGUCUAGCAGGACAAGAUCAAGCUCCGGUGUGCCGGUCGAAGGGAAGCAGCCGAAAGUUGGUCGACAGGCCACUCCCGAUCGUCCAGGUAGUGAGACUUCAUCCGCCCCAGCCACGCCAAGCCGUGCGGCAGGCCCGGCGCCCUCAAAGGCGUCGCUGUUGCACGGGACCUCGGCCAAGUCUCUGCCCGAGGAUGAGACACUCCAAGAAGAGACGUCUCCUGUCGAAGGACCUCGCGAGGAGAGACGAGGCGGCUUACGGAACUUCCUGUCCGACGUGCUCUUCGGGGAUGACGAUGAUGAGGAGGAGGAUGUGGAAGAACGGGCUGACGCCGACGCAGAAGGAAGCCGCGCAGCUCAGCGCGAGACUAGGCGUGUGGUUUGCUGCUCUGGUGCUGCGCCUUUGCUGGCUCUGACGUUGGAGUCGGCCAGUGCGGCAGCUGAGCAAUCCGCGCAUUCCCAAUCCAGCGUGAUUGGCACCUUUGCCCUCAUUGGCAUCUCCGCCAUGGCUGUGUCGCCUGCGGCAGGAGACGAACCGCUGGAAGGAUCUUUCGAGACGCACCACAUCGCCAUCUUCGCGCCUUUGGCGGCACUUCAGGCUUAA